AUGUCAUACAGACUGGAUAAUGUCUCGUCUGAACUGACUAUGUAUAGGGUCAUAUCUUGCCGCCGACAAUUAAUUGAUUGCAGAAUAUUAAAACGAAUUUUACAGACAAGAUCUUUCUGCAAAGGAAGCGUACAGAAUGUUGCCAAUGAAGUAUCGUCAGACGUACCAAGCAGUGCACGUGUCGUCAUUGGUGGGGGAGGAAUUGUUGGGGCCUCGGUAGCGUAUCAUCUGGCCGAGAGGGGCUGGACUGAUGUCACGGUACUUGAACAGGGCAGGUUAACAUGCGGGACGACAUGGCACGCCGUGGGAUUGGUUGGUCAGGUCCGGGACACUCUAUCGACUACCAAACUUAUGGGAUACAGCAAGCAACUCUACCAAAAACUUGAAAAAGAGUAUGGUGUGGGUCUGAAGGAAUGUGGAAGUAUCACUGUUGCUCAGACGAAGGACAGAAUGACAAUGCUGCGACGAAACCACGCUAUAGCCAAAGCUGCUGGGGUAGAAUCUACACUGGUGACGAAAGAAGACAUACAGAAUCUAUGUAAAUGGAUAAGAACUGACGACGUUCAGGGCGGCUUAUGGAUCCCGGGAGAUGGGGCGCUGACAGCACCAGACCUGGCCAUGGCUUACUCCAAGGCAGCAAAGGAGCAAGGUGUACACGUCAUUGAAGGAGUAAAAGUUAACAGAGUAAACACAUCUAAUGGUCAAGUGUCCGGAGUCCAGACAUCACGCGGCGACAUCACGUGUGAAUAUUUCGUUAACUGUUCUGGACUGUGGGGUAGAAGUCUCGGACGUCUGUCUGACCCUCCUGUAAACAUACCCCAACAUCCUCUGGAACAUUUCUACAUCGUGAGUCAACCCAUUGAAGGACUUGACAGAAUGAUGCCAGUGGUGAGAGACUACGAUGGUUUGAUAUACGCUCGUGAGUGGAGUGGCGGGAUAAUGACCGGGGGAUUUGAACCUAAAGGCAAACCAAUAUUUGGGGAGGUGGUGCCAGACAAGUUUGAAUUCCAGCUAUUGCCCGAAGACUGGGACCACUUCCAGGUUCUGAUGGACGGAAUAUUGAAUAGAUUCCCGAUACUGGAGACGACACAGAUACGGCAGUUUGUGAAUGGACCAGAAUCCUUUACCCCAGAUAAUACAUGGAAUGUAGGAGAAUCUGCCGAGGUGAAGAACUAUUUUGUGGCCACUGGUAUGGGUUCAAAUGGCAUAGCAGGGUCAGGAGGACUAGGCCGUCAUAUGGCAGAGCUUAUCACAGGAGAGCCUACCUCCGUCAAUCUGUCCUCUGUUGACGUAAAGAGGCAUGCACCACAACAGGGCGAUAUACAUUAUUUAGCCGACAGAUGCUCAGAAGUAAUAGGUCGGUACAGACUUCGUUAUCCGGACGAACAGUACAGAAGUUGUAGGGGACUUCUAGUGUCCCCGCUUCAUUCCAGACUGGUGGCUGCAGGGGCAUGUUUUGGAGAAGACAGUGCUUACGAAAAACCACUUUGGUUCUCAGAAAAUAAAGACCCAUACAAUGCAGCGAGUGGUACGUUUGGGAAACCUUCAUGGCUGGAGUCAGCAAGGGCUGAGUAUAUGGCUUGCAAAACACAUGUGGGGAUGUUUGACGUUUCAUGCUUUACAAAGAUUGAGGUCAAGUCAUCGGGAUCUGAAGCCUUAGACACUCUACAGGAGCUUGUGUGCAGUCACUUGUCUUCCAAAGAAGGAGAGGUCACUCGAACAGCUAUGCUUAACACCCGUGGUGGCUUUGAGCUUAUAUGUGAUAUUGUCGCAACAAAGGACAACAGUUUUAUGUUGCUAUGUCCCUCAACCCAAAAGGCCCGAUGUCUCACGUGGGUGCGACGGAAUGUACCGAAAAAUGUAGAAGUCAGUGACGUUAGCGAGGCAUAUGCUGCUCUGCAUCUCAUUGGUGGAAAAGUUUCUGACAUUUUGUCCGAGAUCAGUGAUGACAGGAUAUCAACUAGUCCUCGGUCUAAUUCACAGAUAGUAAAUAUUGGACAUAUCAAAGACGUCAAAGUACUUGGACAGAAUUUGGCCGGGAUGGCUGGUACCACUGUCCUUGUUCCUUCACGGGAUGCAAUGGAUGUUUAUGAUAUGUUGAUGACGAUAGGAGAGAAGUAUGGAAUCAGAAACGCCGGUCACCAUACACUGAGGUUGUUGCAGACAGACAACGUCCGUCCCCAGUGGCUAAAAGACUUCACGUCGGCAGACACGCCACUAGUCACCGGCAUGAAGGACAUGGUCGACAACCAGAAGGAAUCUUUUGUCGGGAAGGACGCAAUAACAAAAGAAAGCGACAAAGCAAAUUCCUGUAUAGUCUGUCUGGAGUUGGAAGACUUCAGUGUAGAGAAGGACGUUUGGGUUUGGGGAGGAGAACCGAUUUAUUGUGACGACAAAGUGACAGGCUCCGUAUCCUCCACGGGAUUCGACUUUUCCAAGAACACAGUGUUGUGUAUGGGAAAUGUAUCAGUAUCCAAAGAUACACUACAUAACAAGUCGUUUAAAGUUGACGUCAGUGGUACAUCCUACACAGCAAUUUUGAGAUAA